UGUCGCACGCAAAAUUUAUAAGGGAUAAAAUGGCUACUCUUUGCGCUCAGGCUGUAUCCCAGAUUCACUGCCUUUAGCAAUGCUUUUAUGAGCGUAAAAGGGGCGUAUUGAACGCUUGACAUCCGCUUAGACACGUGGUCUUUUAGUCAGUAAACAGUAAGCUAGUUUGCGAUGGCUACUUCAAGGAAACGGGUGCGCUACACAAUGGACGUUCACUUCGUUGAUGAAGAGGAGAAGCAAGCGUUUCUUGGUCGCCUAAAGCACGUCCGUGAGCUGCUAAAGCCUCCUGGAAGCCCUCUGCUUGACAACUUUAGCCUGUUGAGCACACUCUGUGCUUCUGUUGAAGGUGACCCAGAUCACUCACACCCUCCCCCUACCCCUGUCACUGCAAUCAGGAGCUUUAUGAGCAACAAUGGUAUGUACAAAAACGAUACUUCCGAUGGGCAACAACUCUUUGCCACGGAGUAUCAUUGUUUCACUGACCUAGUGAAAGGGCUUGCCACGCCCUGUCCGUGUGGGGUAACUAGAAGUCCCUGGGAAGUCCAGUCAAUAGUACAGAAAGGACAUGUGGUACGAGCUCUUUUUUGCUGCCGACGCUGUAAGGUGCAGAAGAGAAAGUGGUCUAGCUCCCGUGUAUUUGGAGGACAUUAUUUGGUGAACCAGAAGGUUGUUCAUGGGUUUACUUGUGCUGGAAUUCUACCCUCCCAAUACACCCACUUUAGUCAGUUCUGUGGUUUAGGGACUGUUGGUCAAAGUUACAUCCGACAAGUGUACGGAAAGCUAGGUUACCGUGACAUUGUACAAAGGGCAGCAAACGUGAGCAUGAUGUCGGCUGUUUUUGAUGUGAAGGCCCUUCCUGAGUAUACCACCAACAAAGGAGAGUGGGUAAUCACUGAUGCCCGGCACGACUCAACAGCCAACGCAUACCACACAACUGUGCCUUGCCUGUCUGGAAGCAACAAGAAGAUACUCGGCAUAUCAACUCUCUCUCGGGCCGAACACUCCACUGCACAGACCAGAGAACUUGCGUGUACCAAGCUUGUUAUCCCUCAAGUGCAAAGCAGAGGUAUUGAAGUCAUCGAGGUAGCUCAUGAUAUGCAGGUGCAGGUCGCAAAGUACGUGUCAGACGAGUUGGGACUCAUCAAUUCCUACGACACUUGGCAUGGAACGAAGAAUGUGUCGAAGGAAAUAAAGAAAGUAACACAGGGCCUAGUUCGUGAUAGAGGGAAGGUUUGGUUUCCUGAAUUAUCAGAUAAACGAAGAAGUAUAAAGAUCCACCUGUAUUGGGCAAUGAAAAAUUGCGGAGGGUCUGCUGAGAAACUGAAGGAGAUAAUAAUGAAUAUCCCUAAUCACUACCAGAGAAUCCACACAAAUUGCCACCCUUCCUCUACUUGCCACAUGGACGACUACGAACCCAGUAGGGACAAGCUUGUUAGCAGAAAGGCUAUAGAAGCUCUCAUAAAGCAGCUCCAUACGACGUACAUUUACCGCUAUGCUAAAGAUUUCUGUUCGUGUCGUGAUACCUACUGGGUUGAGUCGUUCAACCAUCAACUCCUCACCUACCUACCCAAGCGCAUUCACUUUUCGACUGAGACGUUCAUAAUGCGAAUGAAUUUGGCUGUCUUGGAUUGGAAUGAGAACGUCAAUCGCUCUUACACCAGUAUGAGCAAAGUGAGUGACCUUCGACGACCAGAUCGCCGCACAGCAAUGAAAGCCUUAGUGAAGAAAGGUUUUAAAUUUGUUGCUUUGCUAUGGGCAAUGUAUGUUGAACAAAACAAAGCUGACAUGAGAGAAUUGAUCGAAGAAGAUGACGUAGUAGAGGAGCAGAAUGAUGACGUGACCUUAGAAGACGGAGUGAUGCCACCAGAAUAUUCUGACGAGUCAGAGGCUGAGGACGAUGACAUGGACGACUAACAAUUAAUGAUGACAUGGCCGACUAACAAUUAAUGAUGACAUGGCCGACUAACAAUUAAUGAGUUUUAUUUACUACGUAAUUGGUGUGUACAGGAUAAUUAUAAGGCAGUCACUCUCUAGAGGUGGACUCGGUUUCCAUACCAGCCUCUUCUGGCAAAUACUCAUCAGUUUCUGCCUCAAA